UGUGUCACUUCACUCAGCUCUACAGGGCUAUACCUACAGCUGAGCAUAACUAUUAGAAUGUGUUUUAUUAGAUCGUCACAUAACAUGUUUGGAGAAGAUAACAGUCGCACAGCUGUGCUCGAGCAUCAUGUUUGACUGACAGUCAGAGGUCGUGACCUCAGGUCGUGCUGACACACUGUAUUUAGGAUUCCCUGUAAGCAGGAGGUAAUUCGCUGUAAUUUCCAGAGCGGAAAAGAACAGCGGGGAGUGACGUCAGUGGUAAUUGGACGGGACACCCUCCUCCUCGCCCUGUCCUGCAGGCUGAGCUGAUUCCUGUGUGUCAGUGUGUGUCUGCGCGGGGAAGCGGUGACCGAUCUCUGCUGCAGCGGCAUCAUGGGAAACACCUCUGGCAUAUCAGUGAAGGAGCUGAGCGCAUGUCACUCCCAUUGGUGGUACCGCAAGUUCAUGACCGAGUGUCCGUCCGGUCAGCUCACCUUCUACGAGUUCAAGAAGUUCUUCGGCCUGAAGAAUCUGUCCGAAACAUCCAACGAGUACGUCAAGACCAUGUUCAAGACCUUCGACAUUAACGACGACGGCUGCAUUGAUUUCAUGGAGUACGUGGCAGCUCUGAGUUUGGUUCUGAAGGGUGGAGUUCAGCAGAAGCUGCGCUGGUACUUUAAACUGUUUGACGUGGAUGGCAGCGGCUGCAUCGACCGCGAGGAGCUCCUACUCAUCUUCAAGGCCAUUGAAGCCAUUAACGGAGUAGAGCAGGAGUUUUCCGCUGAAGAACUGACCAACAUGGUGUUUAACAAGAUUGAUGUUAACGGAGACGGUGAGCUGUCUCUGGAUGAGUUCAUCGAGGGCAUCCAGGCGGACGAGGUUCUGUCGGUGAUGUUGACCCAGAGUCUGGAUCUGACUCAUAUCGUCAGUAACAUCUACACAGACAUGGGCUCAGCAGACAUGGGCUCAGCCUGAGAUCAGGUGCCAAACCAGAGGAAGAUGAGGAGCUUCUCAACUCUUUAAACUUUAAACCUUCACGCUGUUAAUAGAGUUCAUCUGCAUUUCAGCAGCCUCACAAUAACUGAGACUAGAGCAGACGCUUCGUUCAAGUGCACUUAUGCUUAUGGUUCAUUUGUGAUAUUAAAACCUAGGGUUUCAACCAAACCUGUGAAACACUUUUCUUCAGCGCUGUGAUGUCCUGUAAGAACUCCAUCUGAAUAUGACUCAGUAUUAUUAUUAUAGAUAUGAUGUAUUGUAGUAUUUGUUACGUUAAUGUAAUUUUACACUUUCCCCAUUUCAAAAUAAAACAUGAAAUGUG